AGUAAACAAGAUGGCGAAGAUCGUAAUAGCAGGUUUGUAUAAACAGUGAUUACAGCACAAUAUAAUAAUUGUGUUGUACUGAAUAAAUAGAGGUAUACGAAUUACAAAGAAAGACAAAAAGUGCCCUAUAUUAAUUUUAUGAUUAUUGUAGCAAUGUAGGGGUGUCCAUUAAUUAUUAACACUUUUUCCGAGUCAGUCAACAGCUGACUCUGAGUCUGAGUCUAGUCUAGUAAGUCAACCGUUAAAGUUAAACUAACUUAAGCUUUCAAGAACCAUCUCCUGGCAUCCCCCCACCCCCCACCCCAAAAAUGUUUUUAUAUUAUAAAUACGGAUCUUUUUGAACGCUUAAGAUAUAGAAAAUUAUGGGGGGGGGGGGGAUAUGUUUAGACUAUUACUAGUAUUACAUUUUAUUUUAUAAAAAAACAAAUUCUUAAACACAAGAACCAUCUCCUGGCAUCCCCCCACCCCCCACCCCAAAAAUGUUUUUAUAUUAUAAAUACGGAUCUUUUUGAACGCUUAAGAUAUAGAAAAUUAUGGGGGGGGGGGGAUAUGUUUAGACUAUUACUAGUAUUACAUUUUAUUUUAUAAAAAAACAAAUUCUUAAACAAAUUUUACAUUUGUAACAAUAUUAACGGUUAAUAGACAGCCCCCUAGUUGUUUUUUCCCCCAUGCAUUAGCAAAUAUCUGUACUAUUUUUACUUAAAAAAUGUAGAUUCAAUUUUGAUUUUAUGGAGCAAUAUUCAAAUAUCCUAAGUAAAUCAAUAAUAAUGAGUAUGGUAAUUAUUUAUACAAACAUGUUAAAAAUAUGUCAAAUAAUGUUAUAAUUAUAUUAAUAACUAAUGGAAAAAUAUGAUUUAGGCUAGGUUUAAGUUCAAUGAAAAAAAUGCAUUUUUUACAAAUAUUUUGUUUCAUCCUCAAAUUAGGGCGAUCUGACUGCCCCUAUUUUGCAAGAAUAGAGUUGCUUGCAGACCGCCUAGCUAAAAAUCUAAAAAAAUUUAAACUUCAUAAGAUUAUGGUUCAGCCUAAUGAGUGGGAAGUGAGUAUGCUUCAAAAUAAAUACUUGUAAACUAGUAUCACUUAGUUGCAAUGUGUGUGUCUCCUUGUCAAUGAUUACUCUGUUUGUAGAAUUUGAAACUUUUUUAAGAAAUAAAAAAUUGCUCUUUAAUUAAAAGAAUGGUUAAUUUACAAGCCGUAAUACAUAAAGGGCUAACCAAAGAUGAUGUGAAAAGGGCAUCACAUAAGGCCACACAUUUUUCAACCCCAUUUUGUUAGUAUUACAUUACACUGAAUGUGAGUUGUUUGUUUUAAGAGAAAUCUUGAGCAUAUUUCACCAAGAACCACCAAAUCUGCAUUAUUUGGUAAAUGAGUCUUCUCAAGGCAAUUUUGUAUUGUCAGCCCUGGACUAAUCUGUACUCUCUACCUCUUUGUUGUGAGGCAGGUAUUUUUACAAUUACGUAAUGGACAUGUGAUUUUACUAAAUAUUUUCAAUAUGAAAGCCUUUAAAAUAUAUUGCAGGAAUGGUUAAAAAAUACUUGCGCAGAGAAAGGUUGGGAAUUUUCUUCAUCCCCCAUGGUCUGGCGUGAACUAAUUGACAGGGGUGGAAAGGGUGUCCUCAUUGGUGGAGCUAAUGAAUUUCAAGAAUACAUUAAAGCGUACUAUGACUUGGAAUCUGAAAUGAACAGCUAUGAGAUGACGAUGGUUGGUGCUGAAAACAGACAUACAAAAGAUGAGCUGGAUGCAGAGGAAAAACUUUACAAAUCUUUGAGCCGCCCAGUGAAUGUUUGCAUUACAAAUGCCAUACACCCAGUUUGUUACCAUCUCUUACACAAUAUCAGUUCUGGUAAUACACUUGGCCCAAAAGUUGAGCUGAGGAUACAUCUUUUAGUCUCUCUUGAAGAAGACAUAGAUGCUGUCAAAGGUAUUGCAAUGGAAGCAGAAGAUCUAGCCCACAGCCUUUUGAGAAAUGUUAAAGUUUUUACUGAUCCAAAUGAUGCCUUUGAAAACUGCAACAUAAUUAUCUUUCUUGAUGAGUUGCUGAGACAAGAGGAUGAAUAUCAUCAAGACUGGCUUAUUAGAAAUGAGCAAAUGUUCAGUUAUUAUGGCUCUGUAAUAAAUGAUAAAGCAUCCAAAAAUUGUAAGGUAAGCUAUUUAAUUUUCUUCUUAGAUAAUCAAAUAAAUGGGAAUUUAAAAUAAAAAUUAAGCUAUUUCACUUGAACAGGAUUUGAGUGCAGGCAUGUCUGGCAAUAUAACCCCCUUUAUUCCAAGGGGCAGCCAUAAUUUAAAAUUGUAAGUUGAAGAACUAAUGAAGUUGAAAUAUGAGUGCAAAAUUGAUGUAACAAUUAAUUCUAUUUUGCUCACACAUAUAUCAGUGUUCAUUUUUCUUUUCAUUUUAUAAAGCAGUUAAAAACAUUUUCUUGUAGUGUCACUGCAGGUACUAUAGUUAAACAUUAAAUGAAGUAUGUUAAAUCUUGUUUUACCAUAUUAAUUUCAAAACUUAAAAGGACAUAAACACUAAUAUUUAUUAUAAUUUUGGUCAAAGCUUGGAAACCUAUACCCCAGAAUUGUAUUCAUUUCAUACGCUGCUAAUAUUUAAAAAUUUCUCCCCUGUUUAGGUCUUGGUCUGUGGGAAUGGCCCGGUAAACUUCAAUGCAACAAUGAUUGUUCGAAGUGCUCCAAAUAUUGCCCGUCAAAAUGUUGUUGCAGUUGCAACAGUCAUUGAAAACCAGGCAAAGUCAAUCAUUGGAGAAAAACUUUCAGUGAAUCCAGCUGGUGAGAUUUGUUGUCAUAUGAUUAAUUUAAUAAAUUAUAAUUUUGCAACAUUUCAAUUGCAGGAUUUCAUUUUAUUUUUAAAAAAAAUAGCUUCUUAUUACAUAAGAAAAGGAAUUUAUAAAAUUGUUUGAUUCCUUAAAAAUAUUUUAAAAAUUUAAGCUAAUGAAAUUCAGGUCACUUUAUUAAAGUACGUACCAGAGGUUAAAUUUAAACAAUUGAUAUCACCAAAUUUAUCUCUAAAUUGUUUCUAUGGUCAACUCUGUAUUUUCAUAACUCUGUUGCAUACUUUUUUCCCCCAGGCUUUCCCUUAAAUUUUUUCCAAUUUUUCUUAUAAUCAUCCUUCAUCAUCCAGCUCUGCUUCCUUCAACAAGUUUUGGUCCCCAAGGGGCAUGGUUUAUCAAAGCUCUUUCAAUAUUUAUAUUUUUGCCAAAUAGGUGUGGUCAGUUUAUUAGUUUGGGGUAACAUCAACGGAAAACGCUAUUUUGAUGUAAGCAAGUGUCGCAUUCAUGGAUAUGAUGGAGCUAUUAAAGGUCCUUAUUGGUUGGUAUUACUUAAUUAUUUAAUGAAUAAUGUGUGGGAUAUAUAAAAGAUAAUUUUAAGAUUUCUGAUUUUUUAAUGGCAUCUGAAAUUUCAUUUUGCAGAUGAAAAUGGACUUUAAAAAAUUUAUUUUAACGAGGGAAUUGAUGCUGAUUUUUGCUCAAAAUCAAAAUGAAAUAGUUAAUUUCUACAUUUAAGAAAUGCAAUGAAACCAUUUUAAAACAAAAGAAGUUCAUGUUUUGAAAUCACUUUACAACAUCCACGACAAGAGUAACAUUAGCCUUUUAAUUUUAAUUAUAAACAUAGCAUCCUUAUAUUUUGCAGGUAUACUGUGAGUGCUAUGGAAAUGCUUCAUGACAACAAAUGGGUGGUUUCAGAACUUCCAGGCUUAGUUGCAUCCAGACAUAUCAAGGUGAAUACCACAUGACACUUACCUUUGUUCUCUCCCUUUAUUCAUUUAUUAUCAGAAUUACCUCCCUUUAGCUUUUGCUCUGUUUUGAAAUGAGUUUGAGAAGGUAUCAAAUGUGUUACAUAAAAAAGAAAUAAGCUUCUUAGGGACAUUAAAAGACACAAAGGAUAUGUGUAGACAGGUAUUGUAAAGCUUAUUUGGUGGAAUUCAAGCAUGAAUGUUGAGAUAAUUUUUUAUUUUAUGCCGUAUAUUAAGCUAUCAUACAAUUGUGCUUUUUAAAUAAAUGUGUUCCAGGUCGCUCGCGUCAUGGGGAGAAGUACAAGUCUGAGUACAGCCAACUCUAUAGCUACAUUAUUGCAGCACUGGUACAGAGGCUCCCCUCAUGGCGAGCUCUUUUCACUCGGUGUCUACUCUGAAGGUAACUAACUUAAAUAUUUGCAUGUUUGAAUACAAUAUAUUUAUUUUAAAUGAGGGUUAAAUUUCACCUUUAACUGGCAGUCAAAAUUCAGAAAAUUAAAUUCGAAUGUUGGAUUGAUACAUGCACAUGUUUCUUCUCCUUGAGAUCCCAUUGUUUGUUCAACUUUUUAUGCUAUUUUUUCUAAAAAUGGCAAUUGAUAAUUUUGAAUUUUUAUGUCUGAAUGAAUUCAGGAUAAAAUCAUAUUCACUAACCAUGGUUUUCACCCUUUAUAUAAACUAACACGUUUUAAAAUUGUGUAAACAUUGUUUUUGCAAACCAGAAAAAUGCCAUUGAAUGUUUUACAAAUAUACUUAGUUUAUACACCAUUUAGCUAAGCCAAUGAUGUGUAUGCCAUAAAAGAACUCUCACCACCUGGAUCUGCUAUAUGUGUUACAUCUCUCUCAAUGUCUAUCCUCUCCAUUCCCUCAAAACUAUGUUUUUGUUGCCAUUUUAGCACUUAUAUAAGUUAAACACAGCAAAAUGGCUAUGAAUGUUAUGUGAAGAUAAUUUAGAACACUAGACAAACUAUUUUUUAUAAACAAGUUUUAAAUGUGACUUCAGAUGUAGCAAUAUGCGGUUUCAAAAUUCUAAAUUGAUUUAUUAACUUGAUAAUUUAUUUUAACGGUGAAUUUAAAAAUUAACUGCAUAAUUUAAUAUUUAACAUUAAAAAGAACAUUUAUUGAGAUUUUAGAAUAAUUUUGUAUAACCCCCUUUUUUUUUUCCAUUCACAGGUUGGUAUGGAGUUCCACCAGACAUAUUUUUUUCCUUCCCAGUCACUAUGGACCCUAAAGGGUAUUGGCAUGUUGUUCAAGACAUUUUUUUGACAUCUGAAACAAAAAAUGGCUUAAAGAAUGCAAUAGAGGUAAAUGUGGUAUAUUAAUAUAACUUAAAUUUAGAAAGUGAGAUUCAGGAAUGAGAAUCCUACAGACUGCAUUGUUCGGCUUCAAAUUAUGCAUCACGAGUUUGAUAUCUUUGGUAAAAUCUUAACAGCACAAUUUUCCCUUUAAAUUAAAUUACUAUUGCAAUNUAUAUAUAUAUAUAUAUAUAUGAAUAAAUAUAUAUAUAUAUAAAUAAAUUUAUACAUGGGAUAAAAUUAAAAGUAAAAUCAGGGCACCUCUAAAAUGAAAUCAAAUGGGCUACUGACAUCAGAUAAGUAAUAUUAUUUAUCUAGAAACUUAUAGUUUGAUUGCUACAUAAUUAACUUUGAAAAUAAUUUAAAAUAUCCAUAAGCUAUUCUAUAAAUGUUACAAUAUGUGUGUACAGAUAGAAAACAGCUUAAUCAAAUUAUCCAUUUAGUGGUUUGAAAUAUCAUGAUGACGAUGAAUGAGUACUUUUAUAGCACUUGUGUCUAUGCUAUUUUAGCAUGCUCACAGCACUUUAAUGUCCUAAAAUCUAUUUAAAGUAAAAGGUGAAAUGUAUUUAAAUGGUUCUUAUAGGUCAUUUGAUCUUUCUAAUUAAUGACUAUUUUUCCAUUCCUCCAGGAUCUUGUGUACGAGAUUGGGCUUUUAACAGAAGAAUUUUCAACAUCUAAAGGCAAAUUUCACUAACUCUACAUAUCUUAUUAGUUUUAUUAUACCAUACAUUAUAACAUUUAGAUAUAUCAUCAGCUAUACUUUAGAGACAUGUAUUGAACCGACAAAACCUUUGUAGAAUGUAUCCAGCUUUACAAAGAUAAAUGAUCGUAUUAGUCUAGUCCAGUCCUUUCUAAUACAAGUGUACAUCCUAAGGUUUGCAGUGUCAAUCUACAUGAAUGAGGACAGAAUAAAAAUAACUAUACUAAGCCAUUGUGUUUUAUUUUAUUGUUAAUUUUCAUAUUUUAUGGAUUUUAUUUUUUCUCUGAAAUUAAUUGCAUGUAAAUUUGAGCAACAUUUAGUAUUUGAAUUUGCAUUUUCUUUCCAGUCUUGUCUUGUACUUUCUUCCCAACAAAAGUUAUUUUGGUUUGAUUUUUACAUUUAUGUCAAAAAAUUUUUUAAACAAACAAAAAAUUAAAUAACUGGUUGAAGAAUAUAUUUUAAAAUUGCCAUUAAAUAUUUCAAAUAAACAUUUUAAAAAAAUUGAUUUCUAUUAUUUAAUCAAUUUUUUAGAAUUGAUUUGAUUAAUAGCUAGUCCUACAAUAUGUUCAAAAGUAUCUUUAUUUAUAUUUUAUUUCAUGCAUUUAAUAUGUUUUAUCUUUUUUUAGUCAUUGUAUUUUUUUUUUAAUCUGUUGUCAUUUUUUUUUUUUCUGCAGAGGAGGAAGCUAAAAGUGAACGAAGUGAAGAGCCAGAAAAUAAAUCUGGGAGAUCAACGGUGCAAGGGCAAAAGGGUGAAAGUAAAACUGACCCCAAAAAUCUGGAAAUUUCCACUGAUCUCAAUGAAGAUCUAGAAACUCAUGCAUCUCCUGACAUAACUGCAGAUGUUACUGCACCAACAGAUGUAAUGAAAGCUGAGCAUCUUGAUGCGGCACCACAUAGCCCUGUUGAAGAAGUUGAAAACAAUAAAGAGAAGGGAUUGGCUUCACAUUGAAACCAGGGAACAAUUUAUUAUUUUUGAAUAGGGGAGGUGGGGGAGAAACUAUUUGUUAAUCUUAUUUCCCAUUUUAAAAAAAUAAAUACUGAAAUCAAAACAGAAAGGAAGUGAUCUACGCUGUUAAAUCUGGUAGCACUGUUGACAAAAAAAUUCAAAGGUUGCAUUAGGAUUUUUAACUGGAGAUUAUAACUUUAAAGUACCUGAGCAUUGAUACCACUCAGUUAUUUCACUAAAAGUGUUUCUCUCAUAAAUAUCAUUACUUCAUAAGUUGAUCAGAUUAAAUAAAGAAACAACAUGAAUAUAAGCUUAUAUAACCUUGUCUUGCUCACAGAAGAUUCAUGUUCAUUUCAAAGAAACUUGACUACAUUUAAUUAAGAGAGCUAUGUCAUAAAUUUGAUAUAAUUAUGUCAUAACUUUGAGAUAAUUAUGUCAAAAAUUUGAGAUAAUUCUGCCAUUACUUUAAGAUAAAUAUGUCUUAAUUGUGAGAUAACUGUGUCAUAAUUUUGAGGUUUAAAAUGUUACCGGUACUUUAUAAUCUUUGUUUUAUUGCCACAUUAUUUAAACGUCAUUUUAUAAAAAGAUCUGAGGACAUAAUUGAAUUGUACUGAUGGAGUCUUGAGAUUUCAGAACUCUUCUUACAAUUUGUUUUUAUUGUUGUAUUAUUAUUAUUGUUUUGGUUAGUUAUAAAUAAAAUUCAAAACCGUGCUUUGUUUUUCUCACCAUGUAAAUCAAUCUAUACGAUUUUUUAAAUCGUUUUUUGGUUGACAUGAGUGCGAAACUGUUUUGUAACUGAUAAAUAUAUGAAUUAAUGAAUUUAUAACAUAAACUUAAAGUAAUAUCAAUAGUUUGAAAUAUCUAUAGUUAUAAUUUCUAAGGUGAAUACAAUGGCUGCUAGGGUUUAAGUUUCUGAAAUGACUGUACUGUGUGCAAAAUAGAUGUGAUGUCUUGUGUGGCUGUUUGUGUUACAUCCAGAUUCAUUGAAUAAAUUAAAUCUGUUAUUUAAGACCAAA